GUGUACGUACAUCCUGAAGCCGAGUGCCGGGACGCAGGGGCGGGGGAUAUCGCUGGUGCAGUUCCCGCAGCAGCUGGCGGAGGCGGGGGACGUGAGCAGCUGCGUGGCGCAGGCCUACGUCGCCAGCCCGCUGCUGCUAGACGGAUUCAAAUUCGAUCUGCGCGUGUACGCCCUCGUCGCCUCCGUGGAUCCACUUCGGAUCCAUUUGUACGACGAAGGGCUCGUACGAUUGGCAACCGAACCGUACCAACCGCCAUGCGCCUCCAACCUCCGUACGGCCACCAUGCACCUAACCAACUACGCGGUUAACAAGGGCGCAGCGGGUUUCGUGUCGGCGGACACGGCACCUGCGGGGGGAGGUAGCAAGCGGCCCAUGUCUGCCGUACUUUCCCAGUUGGCGAGCCAGUACGGCACCACUCGGGAGGCCUUGCUGGGGUCCAUUGCCGAUGUGGUCACCAAGACCGUCAUGUCCAUCCAGCCCCUCCUCGCGCACACCUACCACACCUCCCUCUCCCCCGCCGCCACCUCCGCCUCCCCACCCGCCUGCGCCUGCCCUUCCCUGGACCACGUAUCCGCCACCGCGGCCGCCGAGGACCCCACCGCCCCUUGCUCCUGCCCGCCCUCGUUGUGUUUUGAGCUGCUGGGGUUUGACAUCAUGUUUGACACGGCGCUGAAGCCCUGGCUGCUGGAGGUGAACCACUCGCCCUCCUUUGCGAGCGAUUCCAGGCUGGAUCGGUUGGUGAAGGGCGAGAUGCUGACCCGGGUGAUCCACAUGUUGGGGCAGCGGCACGAGGCCAAGAGGAGCUUCGUGGAGGCGGAGGCACGAGCCCAAAGCGAGCGAUUGUACAGCAACCCCGCAGCCGCCGCAGCGGCAGCAGCCGCAGCCGCAGCCGCUGCAGCCUACUCCUCCACCUCCGCCUCCCCAGCCUCCAUCUCUGCUGCAGCAGCGGCGGCGGCGGCGGCGGCCGCGGCUGCCUCCUCCCGCUCUCCCUCCCCGACUCGUAGGGCCCUCAGCGCCCUACCCCGCAGCCGACAGUUACAGGUGGCCGCAGCAGCCAUGGAGGAGCUCGCAGCCAACUCCGCAGCUCUGCUGGCAGCGGGGGGUCACGUGUGGGGAGGCAGCAGCAGCGGAUACACAUGCAACAGCCACCACAACACCACAGGAGGCGGGGUCGGGGGUGGCAGUGGCAGGGCUGUCUCGGCGGGCCGGCUUUCUUCAUCGUUUGGCGGCACGAGUCACGUGGCGAGCGAGAGUGGCGGUGCUGCAGGCAGUCCCUCAUCCCUGUCCUCCUCCUUAUCGCAGCGAACACGGCAACAACAGCACCAGCAGCAACAACAGCAACAUCAAUCCGGCGGUGUCAGUAGCGGCAGCAGCGGUACCAGCUGCUGCACACCACCACGUCCCGGCUCCUCCUCGAAUUGCUCCCAACAGUACUCCUCGCAGCAACAGCAGCAACAGCAGCAGCAACAGCAGCAUCAACGAAACAGCAGCAUCGGCAGCGGUAGCGGUAGCCGGGGGACAGGAGGCGGCGGAAGGUCCCCCACAGCAGCCGCAGCCGCAGCCGCAUGCAGGACCGGGGGAUCCUCACCCUCGUCUUCCUCCUCGCCUCCGGGCUGGGGUCAUGCAAGUGGUGGGGUGCGCAGUAGCAGCGGGGAAGCGUUCGGAGGCCCCGGCAACUCCUCCUCCUCCUCAACAUCAACAACAACAACACCCCACCGAGCAGCGCGAGGGGCCACACCACCGUCACCCCACCCAACCUCCUCUGCUGCUGCUACUGCUGCUGCCCAUACCCACAGCAGAAGCCACAAUGAUGGCAGCCGCCAUGCAGCCCAUGCAGACGUCAACGGCAACAGCGGUGGCAGCGGUGGCAGCAGCUCCACGUACGUCGCCACCGAGGAGGUGGUGUCCUCCCGUGGCUUCCGGCUUGUGUUCCCCGUCGCCUCCGACCAGGAACGGCAGCGCUACUCCCGCAUCCUGCAAACCGCCGCGGACCUCUUCCCGCAGCAGCGCUGCCAGUGUGCCUGGUGCAGUCGCCGCCGGGAGAUUGCGCUGCUGGCGCUCACGGGGCGGCAGCUGGGGCUGGGAACCCGGCCGUUGUCAGCGGCGGUGGGCGGCUUACCGGGACACCUACCGGCUAGGCCCGGGGCGCUGAGCGCGCAGAGACGAGGAGGUGGUGGAGGAGGUAAGGCGGCGGCGCGGUGUAGAUCUGCGGGAGGAGGAGGCUGCGGUGGGGAUGAGGAUGGCGGCGGCGGCGGCGGCGGAGGAGGAGAGGCGGAUGGGUUGGCAGCAGCGGGAGCAGGAGGAGCAGCAGC